GAAUGACCAUUUUAUAGUACAAAAUCUGUAUGUAAGAGAAGUGGAUGAUAUCAAAGCCUCUUGAAUUGAGAACAAAAUGGCAGUGACAAGCUCAGAUGCAGCCUCUUUCAAGGGUGAUUAUGAUAGAGCAAGUGAAGUUAAAGCUUUUGAUGAGUCCAAAAUUGGAGUGAAAGGGCUUGUUGAUGGUGGGAUUACUCAGAUUCCUCGUUUCUUCCACAAGUCAGUAUGUGAUGACAGUCCUGUUCUAAGAGAUGCCCAGUUCAGUAGAAUUCCAGUUAUAGACCUUGGGAGUCUCAGUGGAGACUCAUUAAGGCGAAGAGAGAUUGUUGAUAGAGUGAGAGAAGCUUCUGAAAAUGGAGGGUUCUUUCACAUUGUCAACCAUGGCAUUCCAGAAAGUGUCAUGGAGGAAAUGAAAGAUGGUGUUAGAAGAUUUUUUGAACAAGACAACGAGGUGAAGAAAGAGUGGUAUAGCAGAGAUUUCAGUAAGCCAAUGGUCUAUAACACCAACAAUAGUCUGUAUACCUCUCCAUCUGCUGAUUGGAGGGAUACGUUUACUUAUCGAAUGGCUCCUGACCCUGCUAAACCAGAAGACUUACCCCUUGUAUGCAGAGACAUACUUGUGGAGUACUCGAAGCAAGUAAUGAAAGUAGGGAUUUUUCUAUUCGAGUUGAUCUCUGAGGCUCUCGGGCUGAAUCCAAAUCACUUGAACAACAUAGAUUGCGCAGAAGGUCAACUAUUCUUUUGCCAUUACUAUCCACCAUGCCCGCAGCCAGAACUAACUAUGGGAGCAACCAAGCAUGCUGAUAUGGACUUCCUUACUGUGCUGCUUCAAGAUGACAUUGGUGGUCUACAAGUUCUCAUUGACAAUAAAUGGAUUGAUGUUCCCCAUCAACCUGGAGCUCUAGUGGUAAAUAUUGGAGAUCUUCUUCAGCUUAUAACAAAUGACAGAUUCAAAAGUGUUGAGCAUCGAGUUUUGGCGAGCCAUUUGGGUCCCAGAAUAUCUAUUGCAAGCUUUUUUUGCACAGGUGUAAUUCCAACCUCAAAACUGUAUGGACCCAUUAAGGAGUUGUUAUCAGAAAAUAACCCCCCAAAGUACAGAGAAACUACUGUGAAGGACUAUAUUGCUUAUUUUGGUACAAAAGGCCUUGAUGGGACUAGGCUCUUGGAUCACUUCAAGCUCACCAAAACAGAAUGAUGAAGGUUGAGACUUAGUGUUACAAAUGGCUUCUAGACUAAAUAAAAUCGAAUAAUCAAUGAUAUGAUUAUGUACUGAAUUGUGCUGUCUUAUUGUUGAUGAAAUUAUUGUGUACUUUGAUGAUGAUAUGCCCUGUCAUAACCGCUAUUACUUUUAUAAAUAAACAUAUAUAUUAUUCUCUUUU